AGCUGUCAAAACACAGAUUUGUGAGCCUUUCUGUCUGAAACAGUGUCGAAAUCCAACAAAAUCAUACACUUUUCAGAGCUUUGUGCAAAGUCCGAUAGGUGACGCUACUGAGAAACUUGGCAGCAAGGGAAGAGGGAGAAUAUGUUUGGAAGAGAAGAAGGAAAAAAUCAAAACAUUUUUCGUAGCGUCUUUUGCAUGUUUGUGGUUCGCAGCUUCGUGGCGUCUUUCGCAGCAUUUUGGCAACCUUGUACGCAUUUGUGUUGAUAUUUAAGUUAGUUUUCUUUAUGAAAAUGGACUCAAAUGAGAAAAAACUCUCGGUUAUAAACAAAUUGUGUGGCAAAAAUCGCCAUUUGCAGGCUCUGCGUAAGUCUGGCGUUUUAUACCGAAGAGCCGCAAAACUGUUAAAGCAGUAUAAAGAAUCGGUGGAAGAUAUUGUGAAUGUGGUAUCGCCAUCAGAACUACAAGCAGCGUCGACUUCACCGGAGCUGUUCGAUGGCGAGAAUACCGAUAUGGCAUCAUCAGUUGAUCCCGAACUCAUGCUUUUUCAAGAAACUCAGGAUUCGGAACUGAACCUAAGUGAAUCGGAAGAUGAAGCAUCGAUGGACGACGAUCAGGACAUAGCAUCUGAGGACGAUGAAAACGAUCCUGACUACACCAAAAUGACAAGCGAAGAGGGCUUACGGUAUUGGGCGCUAGCUCGAUCAGAAUCGCACGCAUCUUUAAAAAGUUUGUUAAAAUAUCUUCGAGCCAACACAGAUCUCCGUGUGCCUAAAGAUCCAAGGACAUUGCUGCGGACACGACGAAAUCCUGCUAUCCUUUCGUCCAUAGGAAAUGGCCAAUUUUGGUAUAAUGGAAUACGCCACUGCUUGACAAGUGAAAUGCGAAAACAUACUGCAGUGCCACAGACGCUUCAGUACGAUCUUAACAUCGAUGGCCUUCCUCUUCAUACGCGAUCUAAAACACAGUUCUGGCCAAUUUUGUUGAAGAUUGUUGACCAGCCGGAUUGGCCAGUGAUGAUCGUGGCUAUCUAUUGCGGACCAACAAAACCGGAAAGUAAUGAGCUUUAUCUGCGGCAGCUAGUCGAUGAGAUAAAUUUAUUAUCGAGCACUGGACUGAUGGUGGGAGAAAAUGCCAUCACGUUAAAAUUACGAGCCAUCAUCGCAGAUACACCAGCACGAGCUUUCAUUAAAGGUAAAAUAUAAGCAUUUAUGACAGGUAAAAUUUUCUAAA